AUGGGGGCUCACACACAGAGCAGGGCACUUACCCGAACGUGGACGGCUGGGUAUCCCGACUCCAAGCUCGAUACCCGAACUCGGCUCGAAAACGAAAUCGCCACUGGUGCAUACACUACUCCAUCAUUGAUCACGGUUUGGCUUGGUACCAAUGAUGCGGCGCUGGUGAAUGGUAGCAGCUCGGAGAUGCACGUUCCGAUCGAAGAGUACAAGGACAACUUGAGCCAGAUUGUCCGUGGAUUCCAGAACGCUGCUCCUGAUGCUGAAAUCUUGCUUAUCAGUCCAGCUCAUAUCGGUGAAGAUGCCAGAGUCAAGGCAGCUGCCGAGCGUACCGACGCUAAGCGAGGAAUGGUGGAUCGUCCGAAUGCCGCUACUGGAGACUACGCUCGUGCUUGUGUGGAGGUCGCCAAUGAACUGAAUGUGUCAGUGCUGGACUUGUAUGAGCAUUUCAAUGCCAUGCCAGUAGAAACGCAAACGACAAUGCUGUCAGAUGGUAUUACUUUACCGUGGAGGGCAAUGAAACAAUCGACUCACAAUUCCAAAGCUAGAUCACCUCCGAUUUCCCCGCUUUGA